GUGUGUGUGUUUCCCCUGUAAGGUGAAUAACGUUAUUUAUUUAUUUUUUAAACCGGCUCAUAAUUUGCAAAUGUCUGCACGCCAUCAUGAAGGAUACACACUGGUGUUGUUUCCAAAAAGUCAUUCUGUUCUGAAUGUAAAAAUAAUGUUUUGUCUGAAAGUUUGCUUGUCGCGCUUGGACUUUGCAUUUUUGCAAACUUUGAUUUGACGCAGUAACGCGCUGACUGUCGGUGCGAGUUGACUCGAGUUUAGGGGGGAGGUAAACAAGAUGGCGACGACCUGACUGGCGAGUAAUACGAAGAGUGCGAACAAAACAACAAAAAAAAGGAAAGAAAUGAUAUGCAACUUGGUUCGAUUUACAUCAUUUUUAUUCUGAAGACCGACAUUCAAGAAACGAAUAAAGACUGGGACCAAGCAAAGACACACCAGGAUUUUAGGCAGCCUGCACCGUGGUGGAAUGGAGGCCACCUGAAGCCGGGAGGAGCACACUUUCGGACGGCUUGGUCUUUCCGCUGAAGCCCAGCUAACACUGCUGCAUGAAAUAAGCAGUGGAAGUGGGUUUGGAUACAGUCCAAGUUUACAUGUGGCUGCCAAUAUUAUUUAUUCAGCAUGGAUCCUUGACAGAACUGUGCAACAUGGCCUUAAACCAGGGCUGGUGGCCCCUACAUAAGGGUGAAUCAAAUUAAUUAAGUGGGGGGAAGAAAAAUAAAUAUAUUUUUGUUGAAGUGCACUUGUCUCAAACAAAAGGCACAUGAUAAAACACUAACAUAGUGGACCUAAUACACUUUCACCUCAGUGUGCAGCUUUUUAUAAAAAAAAAAAAAAGAACAAUAAUGUUUACAAAUCUAGACUGAUCCCUACCUCAACCUGAGGUCUCCCUCUCUCAUCUUCAGUAUUUCUCGGCCCUCUUAUUUUUGGGCCAAGAGGUUAACAGUGGAUUACUCUCCACCACCAGAAAGAUUUGUUUCCAAGUAGUUUGCACACGAGGCUCACUCUGUGGAUCAGUCAUGAGUACCGGGGAGAUACAUCACCUGAACUACCUGAAUGAAAACGAACUGAUGGAGAUGGACACAUUCAUUCACCGCAUCGAUUCUACUGAGGUGAUUUAUCAGCCGCGCAGGAAGAGAGCGAAGUUGAUAGGGAAGUACUUGAUGGGGGACCUGCUGGGGGAGGGAUCAUAUGGCAAAGUGAAAGAGAUGCUGGACUCUGAAACCCUCUGCCGCAGGGCUGUCAAGAUACUGAAAAAGAAGAAGCUAAGGAGGAUUCCCAACGGAGAAGCCAAUGUGAAAAAGGAGAUUCAGCUGCUAAGAAGACUCCAACACAAGAAUGUGAUUCAAUUGGUGGACGUUCUCUAUAAUGAGGAGAAGCAAAAAAUGUAUAUGGUGAUGGAGUAUUGCGUGUGCGGGAUGCAAGAAAUGCUGGACAGCGUCCCGGAAAAAAGGUUUCCUAUAUUUCAAGCUCACGGGUACUUUUGCCAACUCUUAGACGGCCUUGAAUAUUUGCACAGCCAGGGAAUUGUUCACAAAGACAUUAAACCAGGCAAUCUGCUGUUGACCACAGAUGGGGCACUUAAAAUCUCGGAUCUGGGUGUAGCUGAGGCCCUGCACCCUUUUGCCGAGGACGACACGUGUCGAACGAGUCAGGGCUCUCCGGCCUUUCAGCCGCCAGAGAUUGCCAACGGCCUGGAUACAUUUUCAGGGUUUAAAGUGGACAUUUGGUCUGCGGGAGUAACACUAUACAACAUUACUACGAGUCUUUAUCCGUUUGAGGGGGACAACAUCUAUAAGCUAUUUGAGAACAUCGGCAAAGGAGAAUUUACUAUUCCUGAGGAGUGCGGACCGCUCCUCUCAGACCUGCUGCGAGGAAUGCUCGAGUAUGACCCUGGAAAGAGGUUUUCCAUACAAAAUAUAAGACAACACAACUGGGUGCGUAAGAAACACCCACCGACGGAGCUCCCCGUGCCCAUCCCCGCCAGCGCAGAGAGCCGAGACCCUUGGCGCAGUAUGACGGUGGUGCCCUACUUGGAGGACCUCCACGGCUACACUGAAGACGACGAUGACGAGCUUUAUGACGGAGAAGACGAAUUCAUCUACACUCAGGAUUUUACAAUGCCAGGACAAGUGGCCGAAGACGAUCACGAACUGGAGCACGAGGACUACAGCCCGCCUACGGCCAAGCCUUUUUGCGUGAACGGAACCGAGGCGGGCUCUCUGAACAGCAAGGCCAAAAGCGAACGACGAUCUUCGUCCUCGUCCAACCCCUCGCGCAAAGGGGUCUCCACGGCGAGCAAGAUCCGCAAGCUCUCCACCUGCAAGCAGCAAUGACGCUCCACUCCUCCUCUUCAGUCUCUGUUGGCAGCAGCCCAUCUGGUGGAGCUGUCCCCAGUCCUCGUCUGUCUGCAGCGGACACGCUUGCGAGAGAAACCUGCUGAAGUUGACGCCCAUCGUGUCUCCGUGGACCAUCUGGCUUUUUAGAAACGUGUGCUCCGAGUUGUGAACGGGUGGAAUUUUUAAUUUCGAUCUCCAGAAAGCUCUGGUAAAAUUUCCAUGGGAAUUAAAAAUAGAGCACUUAAUCUUUUUUGAUUUUUUUUUAAUAUUCCAAGUUGGAAAAUUUACGUGAAAUUAUUAUGGAAAUUCUUAUGGAAAUAAAUAAAUAAAUAAUACAGUGGUUCUUAACCUGGGUUCGAUCCAACCCUAGGGGUUCGGUGGGUCGGUCUCGGGUUCGGCAGAGCCUCCACUAUUUAUUGUGUAAAGUCGUGAUGACGCAGAAGUCACACUGAUUUCCUGGUAUGUAAUUUAUUGUGAGUUCAAGCAUUGUGUUGGUUUUGUUCUUUGAACAAGGUGAUGUUCAUGCACAGUUCAUUUUGUGCACCAGAAAAAAAAAAAUCUUGUCUUGAAUUUGAAUUUUUUUAAUUUGUACUAAAGAGGGGCUCUGUGAAUGCGCAUAUGAAACUGGUGGGGUUCGGUACCUCCAACAAGGUUAAGAACCACUAAAAUAAUAUUAAUAAUCAGUGAAAUUAAUUAUUAAAUUAAAAAAAUAUCGUUAGUUGCUGCCCCUAGUUGAAUUAUCCAAAUUCUGCCUAGUGGGAAUGUGAACAUUACAUAACUCAAGAAAAUUGGCAUCAUGCUAAAAUCUAUUUUCACCAACUCGAGGGACAGUCAUGCUCAAAAAUAGCAAAGUCAGACAUUUUUUUUUAGUAGUCUCGCAAAUUCCCAUGGAAAGUUUCCCACUGAAAUCUCAGCCAGAAAGGACACAGGACACCUUCAAAACUCUUUCCUCCCAAGACAAAUGAUCACUUUCCUCUUGCACGUUGUCACUCCCUCAAACUGCUGACAUCCGCCUCGUCAUGCCCGUCCGUCUUCCCUCAGGCGAAGGCCGAAAUGUUGCACCGAACCAUUGACAAACCCGUCAAUCAUGUUUCAUCUUUGCCGCUGUGUAGCAGAUACUCAGAGCCCGGAGUAGCGGGGUGGGGCUGGUGAAGGUGCAGCCAGGAUGGCGUGGACAUGGGCGGCAUUAAAACAACUCUUCCCUCUUAAAGGUGGAAUUUUUUUUUUUUCCUUCAACAUAGGUAUUUGCGGAGUCGGUAAAAGUGGCUUUUGACUACCUUUUUGGUUUUACAGAACCUUAUCGGUACAUCAUGAUGCGAGAAUAUUAAAAUGAAAUGUAUUUUUCAAUAUGAAUGGAAAGCUCUUUCAGCAUUUAUUUGUUGUCCUUGAAAGCAAUCUUGAGGUUCAAGUACUUCUUUUUCGGCACUUAUAGGGGAAUUACAUGUACCUAUUAAUUUUGACUAAAUUCUACUAGUUGACAUCGAGCACUUAACUGGCAGCACUACGAGCAUACAUACGUGCAAUAGUACGUGGAUUGAAAGCUGGAUAGCAAGGACAUGAAAUAAAUGUUGAAAUAAGUUCUACCCGUGAUAUGUUCCUCACCAACAUACAACCUGCAUGCUGUACAAAGCUGGAAGAGGACAGACGGAAGUCUUGUGAGGGGAGUUCUGCUUUCCCUUUUAAUUUUGUGUUUCCAAUGAAUAUUUUUUAAUUAUUUAUAUAAAAAGAUCCCAAAAGUC